AUGCCCCCAUGGGCCUAUCCAGCGAGAGGUCAGGAUAAGGGACAGCUUUUUGAGGGGCAUAGCAUUUUGCGACGUACCCAUCACAAGCGGGUGGCCGAUCAGAACGAUGAACGCAGGUUACCGUUACAACAGGUAGACGUGGAUACUCUUUCAUUGCACUGGAUCCGGAGCCGGCUCAAUUCCAGGGCCGUGGAGCGGUUUCAUACAGUGCGGGGCUUGGAGCAACAGCCAGCUAAUUUCCGGACAGGAGGAACGAGAGCCCCUCUUGAGAAUGAGAGAAGGGGAUGCCCGGGCGAUGAAGAGGGCGGGCAUUAUUCAAACCGCAUCAAAGCUACCCACUACCGGGUGGGUGGUGCCUUUUACGGUAGUGGAGGAAAAACAGUCGGGGCCACGGCGACGUUUUAUCGCCUGGCCGCAGACUAA